AUGUCAGCCAGAAAUAUCAUCACAAGUUUGUAUCCCUGUUACAUUAGCCAAUUGCUUAUUGGUUGUGCUCCAAUUAAAAUAACCGAAAUUAGAAGUAACUUGCAAAUAAAACAUCGACGGGUUUAUGAUUAUUCCACAAUUCUCAUUCUGCUUCUUAUUAUUUCGUUCAUUUAUUAUCGUUAUUCCUUGAUGGAUUUUUACGAUUUUAAUAGUAGCGCUUUAGUGAAAUUUAUGACAACGGUGUAUUUUGUUAUUGUGAGUGGAUUAAUUUCAACGAAUGUGAUUUAUUCAAGAGUUCAACGACAAGUAAUGACUCAGUUUUUAUACAAAAUUUACACAGUUGAUAAGAAAAUGCGAAAUAUUGGUAUUAAACUGAAAUAUGAGAAUAUCCAGUAUUUUUCAACCAAAGUUCUCCUGACUGGCUUUGCUACUUUUACAAUCUAUUUAAUUUGUCUAUUGACGACUCAAGGAUUCCAAAAUCGAAUUCAAGGAUUAAUUACUUAUGGACUUUUAUAUUUGGCUGUUCUCCAUUACAUUUCAUCCACUUGUUCCUUUAUGACCACAAUUCAAAUAAUAACCAACAUGGCUGAAAAUUUGAUGAAAAAAACGGAAGACUUGCUCAUUUACAAGUCGUUCUAUCGACAAAUUCCCUUGAGAGAAAUGAUGAAGUUGCACCAAGAAAUCUACGAUUUGUUACAACUCUCGACUAAAAUUUUUGCAGCACAAGUUUUAUUCUCAUUCUCUGUCGCUUUUGUCAUUAUCACAUUUCAAAGUUUUAGUAUUAUAUGUGCCGUUUAUAACAACAGUCCGUAUCUCAGAUACUCUAUUGCUUCAGCAAUUUGGAUUGUGGUUUUUGUGACUGAAAAAAUGGUGUUGACUUUUUCUUGUCACAAAUGCAUGUUUCGGUCGAUUGAGUUGAGACAAAAAUUAGGAAAAUAUGCAGUGGCACAUUCGAAAAAUAAAUUACUUGUGAAGGAGGUUUGUGGGACUGCAACAACUUAUAUAAUUCUACUUCUACAGACUGAUCAUAAAGUCGAUUUAAUUUAUUCAAUGAAAAAGGUUUUUGGGGUCUUCUAA